AAUGGAAACAUUAUGCGUAAAGAGAAAUGAAACUUUACCAGAUAUUCCAACAUUUGAUAAUAUAUUUGUCAUCAUGUAUUUUAAAUCAAUAAUUCACUCUGAUGACAUCAUGUCCGAUUUCAUUGAAUCUACUAUUGGUAAUUAUUUCUAUAUUAAAAAAGUACAAAAUAAGAGAUUGCAGAAUAUUUACGUUUCUCCUAGUGGUUUGAGUAUGAGUAUACCACAUCAAAUGAGGUCGAAACUUGAACGAACUGUUCGUUUACGAAACUAUAACAAAUUGUCACUGUCUUCAUGGAGAACAGUAAGCUCUGUUUUCCAGAAAAAUUCAUGUUAUAGUUAUGAUACUCUGCAAAUUGAAUUUUCGCCCGAGAUUUUUGUCAAACUCAACAAUUAUGAUUGUGAACAACCAAUCUCAAAUAUUGUAGUUUGUCAAACCUUACCGAAACCGGAUAUACCAGUUGUUGAUUUACUAACUUAUGAUAAAUUCCAAAAGAUUCCGGAAAACUGUAUUCGCUGCGAGAACGAUGGAAUAUAUAUAAAUUACAUUGCAGUUUGUGAUGGAAAAGAUGAUUGUACCAUGAAGAAUGAUGAAGAAAAUUGUCAAAAUAUAAAACCAUUUCACUUUAAAUGUCAUUCAAAUGACAAAGUAAUACACUUCUCAUUAGUUUGUAAUUUUAUGAAGGAUUGUUCAGAUGGUUCCGAUGAAGAAGAAUGUGAAUACGAUGAAUGUUCAGAAUUUCAAGUAUCCUGUAAGAAUGAACAAUGCGUCAACUCAACUUUUGUUUGCGAUAGUGAGAGACAUUGCUUCGAUACAACUGAUGAAAUUUGUAAAAAUAAAAAUGCUUUAGUAAAAGAUUUUGAAAAAGGUUAA